AUCCAAGUGGGUGAUUUGUUACCUGAGUGCGCUUAGCUUCCCUUUCAAUCCGGGGUUUUUGCCUCCUGCCGACCCGACCAAAUUUGCACCUUGUUCAACUCUCAUUCCGACCUUCCCUUUCCAUCCGACUCACUAUUCACCUCAUAUCCGUCUUCCCUCCCCGUUUUUCUUUUCUCAAGUUGUAUAUAUAAUCUCUCCGUAAAUAUGUCCUCCGGUCGACAAGUACUGAAAACCUCACUCCCAUCCGCGCACGCAGCUUCCGCUUCGUUAACUCGCUCAAACCCUGCUACCGCUCGUCAAUCGCCACCCAAAGCCGGCAUGUCACGACAGGAGCAAGGAGCAUUAACAUCCAGACCCGGUACUGAUCCCCGUCAUAUGGCGAUUGCGCUGCACCAUGCGCGCCAGAUCCAAGCCCAGAAGGAUGCGGAGGCUCUCAUUCUCGAUCGCAUUCUCGACCUCGUCCAGUUCCCCACCUCACCGUCCGCCGAUCCCAGCUCCCCGUCCCCCGAAGAUGCUCGGGCCUUCAAGUCUGCAUUGACACCCUUCCAACCCGCCGAUUACGACAAUCUGAUUCUGGAACGAAACAUCGAAGGACUGUGCGGGUAUACUCUUUGUCCCCACGAACAUCGCAAGGAGGACUCUCGCGGCGCCUUUCGCAUCACGUGGGGCGCGAAGGGCAGCGGGCCCGGCGGGCGCGGGCGCGAGAUGAACAUCGUCCCGAAAGAAAAGUUGGAGAUGUGGUGCUCCGAUGCGUGUGCGGAACGGGCGAUGUUUAUCCGAGUGCAGCUCGCCGAGCAACCGGUGUGGGAACGACGAGCGGACGAUGCCCACGGCGCCCAUAUCCUACUCCUCGAAGAGGAACGGGCCAGAACACAGCAGCAAGGAAAAGGCAAGAUGCGGAGCGCGGCCAGCGUCAACGAGGUCACCGGUCAGCUAGUGGACUUGCAUGUGCACGAGGGACCAAGCUCCAGCGACGUGUUCGAUCACAUGGCCAAGCUGUCGGUUCGUGAUGACGCACGUUCGCAAGAGCUUGCCCUUGAGCGUGGCGAUGCUCACCCGGCACUGUACACGGGUCGCGUGGAUGUUAACGUGCAGGAGAACAGUCGCGCUGCUGGACCUGUGACGGCACCGCAGAUGCGCCCCGGAGACGAGAAAGGGGGCUCAAUCGAAGGGUAUGUGCCUCGUGAUCAUUGAGCUUGCCGAGGGCAAAAAUGGCAGUAAUGAUUGAAUGGAGCCAUUGGCAUUACAAGGGGCGUUGUAUUCCAGGAUGAUACCCAGAUAAGAUAGCAAUCUACAAAAUCUAAGACGAUAUAGCAUCUCUGAAGAUCGGCAAAAGCAUCGAUCAUAGAGUCACAAGACAUGGCUGUCGGAUUGGCGAUGACAUAUGGAAUUCCUACGCAGCAACCAGCCGUGAGACCAGCUGCUGAACGGGAAGUGAAUUGGCAAUCAAGCGUCAUCUCCGUCAGGAGAAUCGGCGACACCUUGUUUGACGAAAGUCAUGUUCAUUCCUCACGAGUCUGUUUCUAGACUACAAUGGUAGCUGGAAGCCUGCCAGAACAAGCAUGAAAACGCCAUGGACCGACCCAAGACAAUCGUGAAACUUUUUCAUUUUCCGCUCGCGGGCGCACAGAUU